CCUUCUUAAGGAGGGGCUAGCUCAGUUCGUGAGUCUAGUUCUGUUGAGUAGUAGUAGAAAAGGAAGUCUUUUCGUAGGCGGAUCUUCUUUAGUCACAAAACUUCUUCCGAAAAAUCGAAUAGGCGGAAGGUUCAUCACUUGUAACAAGUCUUGUUAAAGAAGGACGAUAUAAAGCUUUCCAUGAAUGAAGGAAUAAAGCAAGCAAAUAGGCAUUCAUAGGUAACAUCAAUAGAUGCAUCGGUCGAGCUGCCUUCCCUCAUCUCUCUAUCGAGAAUGGGGAAUAGAAGGAAGAGCUGUCUCCACUCUCCAUGAAGAAAAGGUCCGUAGCGUGGAGCUUUCAUUAGCCAAAAACUGCAAUUUCGGGUCUCUUUUGGAUCAGGGGACAGAAAGCGGGGCAGAUGCGGAUGAAAGAUCAAGAGCUGCUCCUACUCCGGGACUGAGCCGGGCGGGUCCACUUUCCUACUCCCGGGUACACCUUAGUUUGGCUUUCUUGGUUUAUCUUCCGCUGCAGUCGGCUUUCAACCAGCUUACUUGGACUUGGCUUAUUUUAGGGCUUCCCGCUUGGCUUGGAAGUAUAGGUCUCUUGACGCUGCUUUCCUUCCCUUUCCCAAGAAAGAAGAUUUCGUUCACCAAAGAGAAGACAGAUCUUGUCACUGGAGAUUCCGGAACUAAAAAAUACCCGACUUCGCUCCUUGGACUGAUAGCGUGUAGCAUCUGCCUGCCUGUACCUGGAACUUUACCCUAAACCCAAGAAAGCGAGCGGGUCUGGUGCGGGAAGAACAUAUUGCAUAAAAAGAUCGCUAACAA